AUGUUUGUGACAGGAAGCAAAAUUGAACUAAUCCAACGGUUCAAGGAUGAAAUGAAGAAAAUCUUUGAAAUGACUGAUCUUGGUGUCAUGAAGUACUUCCUUGGCAUGGAAGUGUUGCGGUCGAGUGAUAGAAUUUUCAUAUGCCAGCAGAAAUACAUUUCGGAUAUUCUAAACAGGUUCAAAAUGCAAGACUACAAACCUAUGAGUACUCUAAUCUCCACUGGUGUGAAACUUGGAAAGGAUGCGGAUUUCGAAAAAGUGGAUGAUAGUUCUUGCAUUCUCCAAGAGACACACUUCACAAUGGCUAAAAGAGUGUUAAGGUAUAUUAAAGGAACCAACAAGUUUGGAAUUUUUUUCCCAACAUCUGCUGAAGUAACUAUGAACCUGAUCGGGUACUCUGAUAGUGAGUGGGUUGGCGGAGUUGAUGAUUCAAGAACCACCUCUGAUAUCUUUUCUGUUUGGGGACAAGUUGUUUUAGUUAGAGCUCUAGAAAACAAGAAACUACAGCUCAAUCAACAGCAGAAGCUGAGUACAUAG